AGAAAUAUAACGCAUGCGCUUUCCCGCCAGCGGAGAAGGAAUUACCUUGACGUUGCGGUAGUGAUUGCGGCGAAUUCUAACAAUAUUAGUUAUUUUAUACAUUCGUGCGAUAUCUUUUAAUCAAAGACAGAAAAAAUAAUGGCUCUUCCAAGGUGCUAUUUUGAUAUGACUGCUGAUGGAGAACCGCUUGGAAGGAUCGUGUUCGAAUUACGAUCUGAUGUGGUCCCCAAAACUGCUGAAAAUUUUCGAGCUUUAUGCUCUGGAGAGAAGGGCUUUGGAUACAAAGGAAGCAUUUUUCACAGAGUAAUCCCAAACUUUAUGUGUCAGGCUGGUGAUUUUACUCAUCACAAUGGCACAGGUGGAAGGUCAAUUUAUGGAGACCGAUUUGAGGAUGAAAAUUUCAAUUUGAAACACACUGGGCCAGGUGUCCUGUCAAUGGCAAAUGCUGGUCCUAAUACAAAUGGGUCCCAGUUCUUUAUCACCACAGUCAAAACGAGUUGGUUGGAUGGGAAGCAUGUUGUCUUUGGCCAAGUUGUAGAAGGAAUGGAUGUAGUGAAAAAGAUUGAAAGUUACGGCAGCCAAAACGGUAAAACCUCGAAGACAAUCACUGUUGCCGAUUGUGGUCAGUUGUAGACCUCAUUCGGCCUUAAGCAUUUGCGACCUUCAUUCCAUGUCUUCUCUUAAUACAGAAUUUUACUUGUGCUUGAGUACAUUUUUGAAGAUUUUUGCAUUAUUCUUUUGCUACAAGUUUACUUUUGUUUUAUUUGUAAUAAUACAAUGUGGAUUUUUUUACCUAGAAAUGUUCAUAUUAGUGUUGAUUCUUCCUGAGGAACUGCCAUACUAGAUAUUCUAGUAUUAUUCCUUUUAACAGCUUGUAUAAUCUCAAAAGGUUUUUUGAGACAAAAUUAAGCAUUUUUAGAUACUGCUUUAACCAUUUCCCCUCACGUCUCUAUUUGUAGUGUAGCUUUCUUGUUACCUGACAAAUAAAACUUAUUAAAUGUGA